CACCACUCAUUCAAGCCAACAGAUGAUAUCCUUCCUUUACUUUUUUUCAAAUAUAAAUAAGCAUAACAUUGGAAGCUAACCAUCAACCCAACAAAUCACAUAACCAAAGCUUUCCACUUUCUUUGAGAUCUUCUCUCCAUUCUUCAUUCUCAUCUAUUCUUGUUCCUUCUCUACAUAAAUCAAUCACUAUGGGUUUCAGUUUGCCAAGAGUAGUUCCAGCUAAGAAAUUGCUUCGACGAUCUUUGUCCAACUCAAGCAAAGCAGCUUCAAUGGCAGUAGAUGUCCCUAAAGGCCAUUUAGCAGUUUAUGUUGGAGAGAACGAAAAGAAGCGGUUUGUUGUUCCUGUGUCAUUCUUAAGCCAACCUUUAUUUCAAGAGUUGCUUAUCCAAGCUGAAGAAGAAUAUGGUUAUGAUCAUCCAAUGGGAGGCCUAACGAUUCCCUGUAGAGAAGAUGCAUUUAUUGAGCUCAUCUCAAAUCUGAACAUUUCAUGAAACUGAUUAAAAUGAUGCAGAUUCAUUGAAA